CAAGGAUACGGAGGGUUUGGCAUGCAGCUGCAACACCCGCCACCGAUGUUUGGUCUACCAACUCAUGCGCAGACAGGACUUCCGCAGCCACUGUAUAUCGGAGGCCAGUUUCCGGGUAUGCAUCCCAACCUUCAGUCAUCAGUGCAGACAUUAAGUUUAGCAGAGAGGUUGGCGGAUAUCAUUCUAGAAGCCAGGUAUGGCGCCCACAGGAAACAAAGGAGAAGCCGGACUGCCUUCACAAACCAGCAGCUAGCAGCACUGGAGAAGACAUUUGCCAAAACCCACUAUCCAGACGUUGUCAUGAGAGAACGUUUGGCAAUGAUGACCAAUUUACCUGAAGCUAGAAUACAGGUUUGGUUCAAAAACAGGCGAGCCAAAUAUAGGAAAAAACAACGGGCUGUUAAAGGUAAAGGGAAGGAGUCGUCACAAGGAAACACAAGCUCUGCAUCAGCUUCGGAGUCGAAAGAGGAACCUGGAGAAGAUGUUGGGAGAGAGGAGGGGUCCGACAAGGAGGCAAAAUCGGCAAAUGAAGAGGACGAGGAUUCAGACGGAAAUGACGUGAUGGAGGAGGGGUCUGUGUCUGUAGAUGUGGAAUCCAUGGAGGGGAAUGGAGAGUGUGAAUCUGUGACGGACAAUGAUACCACUGUGGACAGCAUACAUAGCGAAGAACCGAAGCUAAACGAGAAGAAGCAUGCCCACAGUGAUGACAGUGACUACCCGGCGGUUCUGGACAAGAAAGUAGACGAGACGGAGAAAUCCACUACGCCACUCUCUCAGGAACCCACGAGAUGUAACGAAGUUGACGUGAUUACCUUCCAUGGUCAGCAAAAAGGUGCGGAGACCAGUUACCAUCGAGCGCCAAUGCCAUAUCAGUACCCCAUUCCUCAGUUAGGCCUGUUCAACUUUCAACAACACGCUUUCGCAAGCGCCAUGUUCCAGAAACAACUACAGAUGCAGCAAUCGGGUGUUCCCCAAGUGCCCCUCUUCCCGUUCGCCUCAGGAGGAAUCAACCCCCUCAACGGAUGGCCUUCGUACUACCCUUCUUCCGGUUUACCGGAAAUUCCAGCUCCACCAACCUCCAGACCAGAACCACCAAGGCUGCCUCCUCCAGCACAUGCACCACCACCACUUAACAGUUCUCCCAAUCAAACAAAAGACGCUCUUCUUACAUCAAGUAUAGAAAGUUUGAGGUUCAGGGCAAGGCAACAUGCUGCUUCCCUUGGAUUUUAUGACAACGUAUAAUAUGAUGUCAAUAUGUUCAGUGACAUUUAAAGAUGCUUACAAACAACGUUGUCAUGAUACAAUGCGGAAUAUACGUAUCUUAGGUAUUAAAGAUGCCUAUUUCACGGUGAAUGCCAUAUCUUGUUCCACCAAGAUAUUCCACUCGUUUCCGAUGCACGGGGAUUGCUAUAUCUCUCUCCAUUCAGCAUCAAGUUCUGUUUGCCUGAUGUACAUUGAAUGCCAGAAAUCUACUCCAAACCAAGAUCUUAUUCCGUUAGCCCAAUGUCCGGUGAUGGUCAAAUCUGCACACCGAUCAAGAGCUUCCACUGUUUGCCCGAUGGACGAGUGUUGUCAUAACCGUAUCCCCAUGUCCACACUGUUUGCCAGAUGUACAAUGAAUGUCAAAAUACUGCUUCCCACCAGGAUCUUCCAGUGUUGGCUUAUUAUAGCCUGAAUACCCAAAACUGCAUUCCACCAAGAUCUUCCGCUAUUUGUCUGAUGCAAUGUGAAAUUAACAAACCUGCUCACUGCCAGGAUCGUCCAUUGUUUGAUAAUCCACGAUAAACUUUUAAACCCACAUCUACCAAGAUCUUCCAUUGUUUGCUUGAUACACGGUAAAUUUACAAACCCACUCCCUACCAAGAUCUUCCAUUGUGUGAUGAUCCACGGAAAAUUUACAAACCUACUCCCUGUCAUUGUUUGGUGAUCGACGGUAAACUUACAAACCCACUCCCUACCAAGAUCUUCCAGUGUUUGAUGAGCCACAGUAAACUUUCAAACCAACUCCCUACCAAGAUCUUCCAUUGUUUGCUUGAUACACGGUAAAUUUACAAACCCACUCCCUACCAAGAUCUUCCAUUGUGUGAUGAUCCACGGAAAAUUUACAAACCUACUCCCUGUCAUUGUUUGGUGAUCGACGGUAAACUUACAAACCCACUCCCUACCAAGAUCUUCCAUUGUUUGCUUGAUACACGGUAAAUUUACAAACCCACUCCCUACCAAGAUCUUCCAUUGUGUGAUGAUCCACGGAAAAUUUACAAACCUACUCCCUGUCAUUGUUUGGUGAUCGACGGUAAACUUACAAACCCACUCCCUACCAAGAUCUUCCAGUGUUUGCUUGAUCCACGGUAAAUUUACAAACCCACUCCCUACCAAGAUCUUCCAUUGUGUGAUGAUCCACGGAAAAUUUACAAACCUACUCCCUGUCAUUGUUUGGUGAUCGACGGUAAACUUACAAACCCACUCCCUACCAAGAUCUUCCAGUGUUUGCUUGAUCCACGGAAAAUUUACAAACCUACUCCAUGUCAUUGUUUGGUGAUCGACGGAAAACUUACAAACCCACUCCCUACCAAGACAUCAGUAGAAUUGUUUCAUCAUCGAACAUGCCUAUUGCAACCAUUUCCUAUUACUGUAAUAUCUCACAGCAGACUGUCAGACAAGCGUCGUUUUCCGUUGUUCCCGUACAGUGAAAACAACAAAACAACACCCCAAUACGAUUAAGUCUUGCAUCGGAAGAACGAUUUCUUAUUUAGACCCGAUUUAUUCACAUACAAAUUUCUGUCCACUUUACUUCUUCUCGUGGUCUUUGAGUCAACCUUUUCAAACAUAAACGCAGAUACAGUGAGAAAGCUGGACACCUUCCUGUUUCAAGGUUCAUAACCUUAGGCAAAAGAAGCGGCAGAAUGUCACUGUAAACGGAUUUGUAGUUAAUGUAUUCGGAACCAGUCGGACAGUUACUGUGGUGCAGCAGGUUACUACGAUUUCGCCGCUAACUAUUCUGUUACUUAUUCCACUUACAUCAUGCCAUGUUGAUAACAUCUAUAUCUUCGACUCAGCCAAUUCGUGGCAUUGUUAUUAAGGAAUCGUCAGACAUUAACUGUAUUAACUUUGGAUUCCAAGGCGACAGCAGGUGACCGACAUGUCACUUGAGCAGUGUUUCAUAAUGAAUAUAAACCUACGUUUAUGCAUUAAGCUAAAUACCCAUCCCUCAGGGUACCCUUUUGUGACGUAUAUUAGAUAAUACAUUGUAGUCGUAUUGUUCAGGAAUAUCUGCACAUAAUCAUUGUGAUAUACUGUGAAAUAAAUUCUAACUGUUAUAUGCUGCA